AUGUCGAAGCCUUUGGAGCAGCCACUGGCAGGCACGAGCGCGGAGACCUGCUGCUGCGGGCUGGACCGGGACUUGCGGAAAUGGAUUCAAUGGAGGAGUCCCACGGGCAACACUAGCAGCGCGGAUCGAUUGCCCUGGCAAGCCGGAUGCUCGGUGCUACUGCUGCUGGAGAUGGCUUCGUAUUUCUACUUUGUCCUCGAAUCCCCUGUGCUCCUGCUGAUCGGCAGCAUCUUCGUCGUCAAGGCCCUGGUGGAGAUCUGGGGGCAGCAGACACCCACCUGGCUGUGCCCGGGCACGUUCUGCAUGCUCUUCGUGAUCUACGUGCUCAUUGUCCCCACGGUGGCCUACAUGUACGGCUACUGCACAAUGGCCUCGGACAUCCAGUUCGCGGGCCGCGACUGGCUGGGCCUGGUGCUCUAUUUGGGCGGAUCCUCGUACUCUUUGUUUUACGAGGCCCAGCCCGAGAAUAAGGGGAAGCUGCACACGGUGGGGCCGGCUGCCUGGUGCAUGCAUCCGAACUACUUCGGAGACCUCUUCACGUACACAGGCUGGGGGCUCGCUUGUGGAACCUCGUGUGCCCUGAGCAUCCCCAUCAUGAUGAUCUUCACCUUUGUGAUUAUCGUGGUCCCGAAUUCCGACAGAUACCUGGCACAGCGCUAUCCGGAGGAGUUCCCGGCUUACGCAGCCAAGACUGCUACGCUGAUACCUGGCCUACACUCUGAGCUGGCCAGCAAGAUCCUUGCAUGGGCUUGCUUGGUGGUCUGCGUGUACUUGUGGUGCAACACCUGCUCGGCUCCAUGUGGCCUGUAG